AUGGUUUUCACAAUGAUCUGCCUUUUAGAGGCUAAACCUGAUAAGAUUGAAGCUAUGAAAAACCGGAUCCUUGAAUCGGCACCUAUCUUCCAAAAAGAUCCAGAGACAUUAGAAUGGUCUGUUCAACAAGAUUUAGUGAACCCUGCAAAGUUCAUCAUUGUAGAAAGGUUUGAAAGGGAAGAGUCCGAAAAGAUAUAUCAUCAAGGAAAUCCCAUCUUCCAACCUCUCAUUGAUUUCUUAGAUGAGAACAUGGUCAGACCAUACGAGCUACACUGUAUCAAUACAUGA